CGUCAACACAAUAUUAUACGUCUAAUUAUUUGAAUUUGAAAAAUAAAAUAUCCACUUUAGAUACACUAUCUAAAGUUAAUAAACAUUUGGCUCAACCCUCAUUUUAAAAUUAUCUCUACAUAAAAAAUGGAUUAUGAUUAUAUUAAAGAAGAGUAUUUAAGUGAUGAUGAAUACUACUACGAGGAAAAAAGACGAAAUCUUGCUUUUCAAAACAUUUUGGAUGAGGAAGAAAUUGUUAGAAAAUCCCUAGGAAAAGUUCCUAGCAGAAAAUUGGUUAAAGGAGGCAACGGGGGGCAAGCUGUAGCCAUGGCGACGGCGUUGGGAGCCAACAACGGUGCUGCCACAGCGGCCAGUGGUGCCACCAUCACAGUAGUCGCUACCAACCAGAUUCUACAGGUUACUCCGACUGUGGUGACAGUGCAGACAAGAGAACACUCGCCAGAUACCAUAUCUAUAACAGCUGUGCCAACGUCACAUCCGACUUUGUCUCAGAACGGCAGUGUUGAGAGUGUGCUGCACAGUCCAGGAGAUUCCUCCGAUGGUUCCAACAACCCUGUAGGUCGAGACUCCACACCAGACACGGCUGCUACAAUUGUGGACUCCUCUCACUAUAUCACAGUUGCCGAGGGGGCAGGUGCCCGAUCCUACACCUCUCUAACCCCCGUCAACCCUACAGUCGUUCCAGACACGGAGACGGUGGGCAGUGACGGAGUGGGUCACUCCACAUAUGUUCAGUAUGUGGAGAGUACACCAGACCAGGCUAUCUACACCACCACCAACGGACAGAUGGCUUACCCGGUGUACACGGUGGGAGGGGAGAGCGGCACAAUGUACACACCUGCGUCAGGGCAGUACUACACGCCUGGCAACUCUACCCCUGUCACUUACACACAGGUAGCCAACAGCCUGAACCAAGGCGCAGGUAACCAGCUGCUCGGCAACACAACCUACUUGAUACAGCAGAGUGUGGACAAUGAACACACACUGAUAGCAGCGUCUCGCAACAGUCCCCAGACUGUCACUGCGGACGUGGCUUACCUGGUCAACUCCAGUGGUACCACUGCGGGCCCCGGCUGUCGGGACAGUGGCGCCAACAGCUCCUCAUCAUCUACCAUAGACAAUGAGGGAUCCUCCAACCUGGUACAUGCUACUAGAAUAUCACCCGCUACUGUCCAAUGGCUGCUGGAGAACUACGAGACUGCAGAAGGCGUGUCGCUGCCGAGAUGUACCAUGUACUGUCACUACCUUCGCCACUGUUAUGAUAACAAGCUGGACCCUGUCAAUGCGGCCAGCUUUGGCAAACUGAUACGUAGUGUGUUCCUGGGUCUGCGCACACGACGGCUCGGCACGAGAGGUAAUUCCAAAUACCACUACUACGGUAUACGAGUCAAGCCCAACUCCCCCCUAAACUCUGCAACUGUGGGUGAUGAAGCUACUUCUCUGUCGUCGCGGGUAUCGAACCAGUCAACCCCGGGUCAUAAGCGGUACAAGCUCAUUCACAAGACGGAGAGCAACACCAGCAACGACUGUAUCACAGAACACAACCACUCGUCCAAUCACAGCUCACAGUCAAACAACCACCAGUUUCUGGGGGACGGAGCCAACGCUAUCCCGGAGUUCCCAGAGAUAGAACUCCCUCCGGACUGCACUCUUCCAGAAGACUGCUCCUUAGAGGAUGUUGAUACUCUCCGUAGCAUCUAUAGGGAACAUUGUGAGGCCUUCUUAGACGCUAUCAUGAACUUGGAGUUUGUUACGAUUGAGUCUCUGUGGCGAGAGUUUUGGCGAUCGCAAGAUAACAACAAUGGAGACGAGUGUGAAGAAGAGAAGUACUUGUCUAAAACCAAGCUGUAUCUCCUCAGCAAGUGUUCGUACAUACAGCAGUUUGUGCGGAGGGUGGAUUACCAUUUUUACCAAAAUCUAGUCGAAGUGCUCAUUCCUGACGUGCUCAGGCCAAUACCUAGUUCCUUAACCCAAGCCAUUCGUAACUUUGCCAAAGGUCUUGAAUCUGGUCUCAACGCUGCCAUGGUUGGAUGUCCCCAAGAUAUGGUCAAUAUCAAGGUGAAUGCAGUGGCAGCGUUUGCCCAGACUCUGCGCCGCUACACGUCACUGAACCAUCUGGCGCAGGCUGCGCGAGCCGUGCUACAGAACUCCACACAGAUCAACCAGAUGCUUGCUGACCUCAACCGUGUAGACUUUCACAACGUACAGGAACAGGCAUCAUGGGUCUGCCAGUGUGACGGUAUGCUGGUACAGAGGCUGGAGGCUGACUUCAAGGUGACACUUCAGCAGCAGAACUCCCUAGAAGAGUGGGCCAGUUGGCUGAAGAAUGUAGUCAGCACGGUGCUGAAGCCGUACCAGGGCAAACCUAACUUCACCAAGGCUGCCCGACAGUUCCUGCUCAAGUGGUCGUUCUACAGUUCGAUGGUGAUUCGAGACCUAACCCUGAGGUCUGCCGCAAGCUUUGGCUCGUUCCAUCUGAUCCGGCUGCUCUAUGAUGAGUACAUGUUCUAUCUCAUUGAGCAUCAAGUGGCCUUGGCGACUGGAGAGACUCCCAUUGCUGUCAUGGGCGAGAAGUGUGGCGGCUCCAGCAUGCUAGACUACCCACUCGACUCACUGGCGUCUUGUAAUGGAGAUGAGAGUUACUUAGGUCUGGAGCAACAUCUUCCAUCAGCCAAACGCAUCAAGCUCAGCUAACCGGCCCCUACCACCUGCCCCACCUUCUAGUCCACCACGCCGCUUGUCCUACGUAGAUGUGCCAUGACAACAAUUGGCAGUUCUAACUAGAAAUCUUCUGUUUAUUUUAUAACGAUUAUACAACUUAAUUUAUUAACGGUUUUUACCGUAAUCACACUGUUUUAAUGCUUUAUAUGGUCUCCUGUAAUGGACGUUUUGUGUGAUUUGAUGUUUUGCACUGUUCAGUGUUUUGUCUAUUUCUUUAAUAAAGAAUUUGAUCUCGA